CAACAACAACAACAACAACAACAACAACAACAACAACAACAACAACAACAACAACAACAACAACAACCACAGCAGCUACAACAACAACAACAACAGCUACUACUACAACAACAACAACAACAACAACAACAACAACAACAACAACAACAACAACAGCUACUACUACUACAACAACAACAACAACAACCACAAUUGCUCGCGGCUCAUUUGCUGAAUCAUUCUAUCUCAUCUAGCAUACAAAUACAAUCCCAAUUCCUGCCUUCUUCCUCUGUAAAUCAUGUGCCGUUAUUUUCAGCGGCAGUCCAUAUUCAGUCUUCAACCACGAAUUCAUUAGCGAAUUUUCAAAUACCCAACAACAUCGAUGUCAACCAAUAUCCCGAUAUGACAACGCUUGUCAAUGCAAACUCAGCAAUGAUUCUACCCUCAGUGGAACAUAGAUUUGUAGAUCAUAAAGUUUGUAGUAUAUGUGGUAGAAGAGCAACAAGAGAUAUGUCUCGUCAUAUGAGAACGCACCAAAUCCACUCCAGAUUUAUCUGCAAAUUCCCCAGAAAUCAAUGUCAUCAUAAACUGGGGAAGUUUAAUCGCCCUUAUGACUAUAAAAAGCAUUUAUUGAAUAGACAUUUUAAAUUUGAUAAUCCGAGUGUUAAAAAAUUGCAUAAUUUGAGUAGCAAAUUGGGGUUUUGGGGAACUUGCAUGUGUGGGUAUCGAUUUACCAGCCAAGAUUGGUUGAGCGACCAUAUCCUUACAAAAGAUUCAGAGAAACGAUGCCCGUUCUUUGAAGAAUAA